UCAAUCAGGCGAUCUCGGCCGCGCGCUGAAUCCCAUUCGGCUCGUGAGAUCGCGUUUGAGCGGCAAGCGCGCAGUCUGGACGCUUUUUGGCUAAAAUAUGAUGUUUGGACGGCGGUUUCGGGGCAGAUUUUCUGGCUCGACACACAGUCGAGGCCCAGCGCUCUUUUUUUUAAUGAUCUUUUGUAGAGGCGCGAAUGGCGGCUGCGCUGGUGGGGAGGGAUAGCCCCGUGUCUCUUAGAUUGAUUGAUAGGCGAUUAUGGGCAGGCUUUUUAUUAUAUUUAAAGGGACAGAGUCGAUAUUUUUGUGAGUCUGCGAAACCGUUUUAGCGGUUAAGCGGCAGAUGUUUUCUAUUAUGGGGUAUGAUGUGUACCAUAGUUGUAUAUGAAAGCAGUCAGAUGUUCAAAUAGUUAUAUAACGCCUCGAAUGUAAACACUGAUAAGAACAAAUUGGCAACGGUUUUAGACCACAGGCUCAGUACAAACAUGGCGCCUACAGUAAUAGAGAGGAAAGAUAUACAGUGCGAUACAUUUGUGACUGAAAAAAUAACACUAGCUGUAGAUUUAGGACAAGAACUGCUAAUACGAGAACCGAAAAUGAAUAAACAAGUCGAAUUUGGCUAAAAACGCGUGUGUUUUUAAUAUUACUCUCCCAAUUCAAGGUGAAGCAAUCAUCUAAAGUCAUGUUGCAGUGCAGACAUUACGGUGUUGUGGUGCUGAAGUUCAGCUGUAUAGAAUGCCCAAGCGUUGUCCACGGCAACAGUAACUAUGAUGACAUCUCCAUCAGUGUCCAUGGAGGAUUACCAGGAGGCUGAACAGAUGCAAGUAGGAGAAAAGGCAGAGGAGAGGCUGGAGGAAGAGGAGGAGGAGACAGGAGAAGAGGAGGGCAGCUCGGCACUAUCUGAGCCACAAACUCCUAUGGAGGUCUACAAGACGGCCAUUUACAGACACCCGUUGUUCCCUUUGCUGGCGCUGCUUUUCGAAAAAUGCGAGCAGUCCACCCAGAGCUCAGACUGCGUCACCUCGGCCAGUUUCGACGUGGACAUCGAGAACUUUGUACGAAACCAGGAGAAAGAAGGCAAGGCUUUCUUCAGUGAGGACCCCGAUUUGGACAAUCUGAUGGUAAAGGCCAUCCAGGUGUUGCGGAUUCACCUGCUGGAGCUGGAGAAGGUGAACGACCUGUGUAAAGAUUUCUGCAGCCGCUACAUUGCCUGCCUCAAGACCAAGAUGAACAGCGAGACUCUGCUCAGCGGGGAGCCAGGAAGCCCCUAUUCCCCAACACAGACACAGCUCCCAAGCUCCUUCUCUGGAGCUGUGAGUCCUCAAGGUAUCGUAGUGCCUGCGUCGGCUCUACAGCAGGGCAAUGUUACGGUUACUGCUGUAAACCCAACACAAGUGGUGACAGGUGGUACUGUAUAUCAGCCCGUGACGGUCGUUACUCCGCAGGGGCAGGUGGUCACGCAGACUCUGUCACCUGGGACAAUACGUAUACAGAACUCACAGCUUCAGCUCCAGUUGAACCAGGAUCUGAGUUUUUUCAGUCAGGACGACAGCUCAUCUAAGGCCAAGAGAGGCAUUCUGCCCAAACACGCCACUAAUGUCAUGCGAUCUUGGCUCUUCCAGCACAUUGGGCACCCUUAUCCUACAGAAGAUGAGAAGAAACAGAUUGCCUUGCAGACCAACCUGACCCUCCUUCAAGUUAACAACUGGUUUAUUAAUGCACGAAGACGGAUCCUCCAGCCCAUGUUGGAUGCCAGCUCUUCAGACACACCCAAGAACAAAAAGAAGACGCCCCAAACACGCCCCCUUCAGCGUUUCUGGCCCAACUCCCUCGCUUCCUCCGUCUCCCAGCAAGAAGUUACCAUGGAAGACGGUACCACCGUAACAGUAGGUGUGGGGGAGGACGGCCUGCAGACGCUCACAUCAGAUGGAGCAACGCUGGCCAUGCAGCAGGUCAUGAUGGGAGGUCACAGCGAGGACGACGAUGAAGACGACGACGAAGAUGACGACGACAGCGAUCCUUCUCACUCCGACCUGACCAGGCUGGGCCUGGAGACCAGCGACUCACUGUAGUAGGACUGAACAAUUGAACAUGCACACACAAACACUCAUUUAGGAUCAUUUAAGAGCACUAAGGUGGAGAAAUUAAAGAAAGAGAGAGAGAGACACACCUCGGCUGAUUUGUUGAAGGUUCCUAACUUACUUUCUCAAGUUGUCAAACAGCGAGAAACGGCUUAAAGCCACACACAAAGUGAAAAGCACAAGCACACAGUCAAAAUCUCUCACAGGCAUCAUUUCAAUCGCAAGAACUGCGACGCAGUUAGCCGAGUGCACUUUUUGUAUAAUAGUGUAAACUAAAGCAUUCAAAGCACAGUUUAAAAGAAGCUAUAGGGAAAAUGUCAAUGCUGAAUGAUGAUUUGGCUGUAUUUAUCGGUUUUAUGACAAUGAGAUGUCGUCUCUUGCAUGCCUGUGUUUGCGUUCAUUACCAGGCACUCGGAAAAGAAGGAACUAUUUUUAUAGUACAGUGUCAAAAAUGAUCGUGCCAAUUUUUCUUUUGUUUUGCUCUGGUUUGCAAUGUUUUGUAAGGAGUAUUUAUGUAUAAAAAAGACAAAAAAUCGACUUUUAAUGUGGUCGCCCUGUUUUUUGGGGUUUCGGAUUGCGGAAACUACUUAGUACAAAGUACAAAGAAAGAGAUUUUGCAAAGUUAUCCACUGAAGGCCAAGACUCGAAAGCCUUACAAUUUUACAUUUCUAAUGUGAGACGUUGCGAACAUCACAUCGAACUGACCAGCGAUGUCACUUCCUGUGCAAUCGAGAUGAAAGUGAGAAUUGCUUGCCAGGUUGUGAUCAUAUUUAUGACAUUUAAUGCCUGUAAUUGUUGUGUGAGAAUGAUUACUUUAUGAAGGUUAUUGCUUUAUUAAUUUUUAAAUUGCAAAAAAAAUGUGGCAAAGGGACUCGUUGAUGCUGUAACACCUUCAUCUCAAACAUUUAUGAUUUUAUGAGUUGUCAUAGACAGUUUCUGAUGUUUUGUCAUUGUAAGAAACAUGUUCUUGACUACAAGUAGUGGAGUCAUUUUCUCAAUCUCUUAAGACUGCAUGAUUUUUUCUUUAUUAUUGUAUAGAAGCGUAUAAUAUUUUGGGGGGAAGUGCUAUAUGCCCACAACAGACUAAACAAAUCAUUUCAUACAGUAAGUGUUAUAUUUCAUCAAGUAAAAAAACACCAAUACAGGUUUUUGCAUUUUUUUUAAGGAUUAGUC